AUACGGCUUGAAAUACUAAAGCUUUUUCGAUCAAAAGCCUUUAAAACCAUCACCUUUUGCAUCUCUGCACCAAAUCUCAAAUACCUGAAACUCUCUGGCGUUUACCUGAAUUCUCAGUACUUAUCAGAAACUGCUGAUCAUCUGAAGAACCUUGAGGUACUCAAACUGUACUACGUUGAAUUUGGUGAUCAUAGGGAAUGGAAAGUGAGCAAUGGCAUGUUCCCUCAACUCAAAAUCUUGAAACUAGCAUAUGUGUCCUUGAUGAAAUGGAUUGUAGCUGAAGAUGCAUUUCCUAACCUUGAACAAUUGGUUUUGCGCGGAUGUAAAGAUCUUAUGGAGAUCCCUUCUUGUUUCAUGAACAUCCUUUCUCUGAAGUACAUUGAGGUAGACAACUGCAACGAAUCUGUUGUCAAGUCAGCCAAGGAUAUAGAAGAAACACAAGUCGAAGAUAAUCAAAAUACUAAUUUCAAGCUUGUCAUCAUCAAGGUACACUACUGAGAAAAGCUUUAUUCUGCAUGAUUUUAAUGAAUCAGAAAUAACGGCAAUAAACUUUAUGAACUGUUUUGACUGUUAUCUUUAACCCUCAUGGC